AUAUUAAAUAAAAAUUUUUCGCAUUUAAAAAAAUUGUAGUACUAUUCCCGAUUUUACUUUUUAUUCUUUUCUAAUAUACCAACAUUAAAAAGAAGCGUGAAAAACGUCAAAAGUGGAGGAACCACAAUUCGGGCAAAUAGUGAAGUUACACAAUUCUCAUAUAAAUACACAUCAGAAAACAUUCAUAUUUGUGUAAUAUAUUAAAUAUGUUUACGGGAAAAUUACAAAUUAAAGUUUGUGAAGCAAGUGGUUUGCGCCCAACAGACUUUCAAAAACGGCAUAAUUUAACAUUUGGAAAAUUAGCUGAUGAUCAAUUAAUUGAUCCAUAUGUCUCCAUAGAUGUGGAUGACAGUCAUUUUGAUCGAUCAACAACACGUCCAAAAACUUUCGAUCCCGUUUGGAAUGAACAAUUUGUACAUGAUGUCACUAAUGCAAAAAAUAUAAAUUUAACAGUUUUUCAUGAUGCGGCGCUACCACCGGAUGACUUUGUUGCUAAUUGUAUAAUACCAUUUGAAGACAUUAUGCAAAACGAAACUGGAAUGCCAGAUUUAUGGAUUAAUUUGGAACCACAAGGAAAAAUACAUGUUGUAAUUGAAUUAAAAAAUCGAAAUGAUCAAACUAAGGCAAUUGACGAAGUGGAGCAUGCAAUCACUGUUAACAAAGAGUUUAAGGAACGGGCUGGUUUUAAUAGACGCCGUGGAGCAAUGCGACGACGUGUGCAUCAGGUCAAUGGUCACAAAUUUAUGGCCACAUUUUUGCGUCAACCAACUUUUUGUUCACAUUGUCGAGAAUUUAUUUGGGGAAUUGGUAAACAAGGCUAUCAGUGUCAAGUAUGCACCUGCGUUGUACAUAAACGAUGUCACCGAUCUGUAGUAACAAAAUGUCCGGGUAUGCGAGAAGAGCAAAACAAAUUAGAAGUUGUUCCAGCUGGUCAACGUUUUAAUGUGAAUGUACCGCAUCGAUUUGUUGUGCAUAAUUACAAGAGGUUCACGUUUUGCGAUCAUUGUGGCUCAUUGCUUUAUGGUUUAAUAAAACAGGGACUGCAGUGUGAAGUGUGUAGCAUGAACGUGCAUAAAAGAUGUCAGAAAAAUGUGGCUAAUACUUGUGGUAUUAAUACAAAGCAAAUGGCUGAAAUACUAAGCUCUUUAGGAAUUUCACCAGAUAAACAGGCUCAGCCACGGCGAUCAAAGUACUUAAAUCAACCUGGAGGGGAGGAUAAUUACAGUGUUAGUGAUCGCAGUGAUCAAAGUGAAGGUAGCUCUUCAACACGGAGUUCUAUGCUAUCUGAAAUGACAAAAUCGAGUUAUACUCCAUCGGUAGGAGGCAGCAGUAGUAGUGGUUCACAAUACUUUGACUCACGGUCAGGAAAAACUGCAUUGCAAGAUUUUAAUUUUAUAAAAGUUCUUGGAAAGGGUUCAUUUGGCAAAGUAAUGCUUGCCGAAAAAAAAGGCAGUGACGAAAUAUACGCUAUAAAAGUAUUGAAAAAGGAUGCUAUUAUACAGGACGAUGAUGUCGAUUGCACAAUGACUGAAAAACGAAUAUUAGCUUUAGCAGCAAAUCAUCCAUUCUUAACGGCAUUACAUUCCUGUUUUCAGACACCAGAUCGUUUGUUCUUUGUUAUGGAAUAUGUCAACGGUGGAGAUUUAAUGUUUCAAAUUCAAAAGGCACGUCGUUUUGAAGCCUCCCGUGCUGCAUUUUAUGCUGCAGAAGUGACGUUGGCUUUACAGUUUUUACACUCACAUGGUGUUAUAUAUCGCGAUUUAAAAUUGGAUAAUAUUUUGUUAGACCAAGAGGGUCAUUGCAAAUUGGCAGAUUUUGGCAUGUGCAAGGAGAAUAUUGCCAAUGGUGUUUUAACAACAACUUUUUGUGGAACACCUGAUUACAUCGCACCAGAAAUAUUAAAAGAACAAGAAUAUGGAGCUUCUGUUGAUUGGUGGGCGUUAGGUGUACUAAUGUAUGAAAUGAUGGCUGGGCAACCACCCUUUGAGGCUGAUAAUGAAGAUGAACUAUUUGAAUCGAUAAUGCAUGAUGACGUGUUAUAUCCAGUUUGGUUAUCAAGAGAAGCUGUCUCCAUAUUAAAAGGAUUUUUGACUAAAGAUCCGGAAAAACGUCUCGGUUGCUCAGGAGAUGAAAACGAAAUCCGAAGACAUCCAUUUUUCGGAAAAUUGGAUUGGGAAGAAUUAGAAAAGCGCAAUAUAAAACCUCCAUUCCGACCAAAAAUGAAAAAUCCACGUGACGCGAAUAAUUUUGAUACCGAGUUUACUAAAGAGGAACCUAUUCUUACACCCGUCUCAAAUGAUAUUAUUCGUUGUAUAAAUCAAGAUGAGUUUGCAGGAUUUUCAUUUGUUAAUCCAAAAUUUGGACCAGAACGGAAGGUAUAUUAAUUAGAAUUGGAUGCCUGAAAAAAAUUGAAUUUGAAUUACACAAUAAUUCUAUAAUCACAACUAAUACGAAACAGAUAUUCUGAUAUCCCAUUUUGUUGUGACCAUGCAGAAAAGAAUGUAAGUAUACGCAUUAAUUUAAAAAUUAAACUCAACAUACCCGAUUUAAGCGUUUUGGGAAAAUGUAAAAUUUUACGUUGUAUGUAGUUUGUUAGUAAUAUUUAAAACAAUUCAUAUUGCAAAUUUACAACCAAAAUUGUGUUUUAUGUAAAAGAGCAUUUUUAGGGACUUAAAUAGAUAAUUAAA